AACCAUGCCGUCGUCGACGCCAACGAGACGGGUGCCCAUGCAGACUUGAACCUCAGCGUCUCAAGUAAUAACCACGAUUCCAGCUUCGGACGUGCACACCAUCAUGACUGCGACGGGCCCGGGGCGGAGGGCGUGAUCUUGUUAUCCCCGUCGUUCCUCCUACCGAGACGGUUGUUGCUCCCCCUCCUCCCGCAUCGGUUCUUCCUCCUCCCCCCCCCGAGUUACUUGUUCCUCCUCCUCCUCCUCCUCCCACUAAGUCGGCUGUUCCGCCUCCCCCUCCUGAGGCAAUUAUUCCUCCUCCUCCUCCUGAGACGGUCGUUGAUCCUCCUCCCGAGGCGGGCGUGGUCAUGCCGCCGCAGCCUACCGGCACCGGCGGGGCGCCGCUGUCGACGGGCGGGAUUGGACCGACUCCGUUUGUUUACUUGGCCGGGACUGGUCGGACUGGGGUUAAAGUGCCGGUUGUGGUGACGGGUGCGGUUGGCGCGGUUUGGGCUUUGUUGCAAUUGCCGGAUGUUUCACUAGGGGUUCGGGAUAUAGAAGGGAGUGGGAACCUUGGAGUUCUUGGGUUGCUUUUGUUUCUUGCCUAUCUCGAAGGCUGGCUGGUAUCCCUUCUGUUUAGGCCUGCGGUGUGCGUGUUGUCUGAUUUCGGGGCACAGUCUAGCCGUAUAAAGGCGAAGAACACUAAUUCACUUGAGAUUCAAAGUCCUGUUAGGGCUGAGGAAUGUACAACACUCCUUCUAUAUGACCCUCGGCCUAACGCUACACAAUCAGCAGGAAAAGACCAUCGUUACUCAUUUAGUAUCCGGGGUAUUGCAUGCAAGCUACCGACUUGGAACCAUCCCUUUCCCUACAACAAUGCUCGACAAACAGAAAAUGUGCGCCAAACACCUUGAUAUAUAACAGCUUUCGACACAAACAGACCUCCCGUUAACGUUCAAUCA